AUUCAUUAGCACUCACAGGUGGAGAUAAUAAAUUCAACACACCUUUCCGGACUCGGUUACCUGUGUGCGCUUUUUUACACGAUAAUUAGCAAAUAAUUUCAAUUUUUGGAUUGGUUUGGACCUGGUGGGAAAACUUUCGUACCUAUGUGGGAUUUGUAACUUUCUUUUCUUCUAAAAAGAACUUAUUUUUCAGUGUUUUGAGUCAUGGACGAGCCCAGCAAACCCUCGCAACCCGUGGCAAAUGAACGUUCCAGCGGUCAUCCCAGGCCAUUCUUCUAUGUUCAACCAGCGGUGCAGCCGUUUUAUACUUAUCAAUGGCACAUGAAUCACCCUUACAGCCAGCAUGGCUUCCCUGGACCUGCCUUCCAUUUUGGUCGUCCCUACAUGGUCCCUUAUUCCUACCUGCAGUAUCCAGGUUAUGUCAUGCCUCACGCCCCCAUGCAUCCUAUUGAUUACCGCAGGGUACACGAGCGAAACUUUCCCCACGCCCCAGGAUGUGACGCUUCUCUCCGACAGUACCAACAUGAACAGGCCGCUCCACGAGAGACGACGUGCGUAGGAGCCCAAACGGACCCGAGCGAGGCCUUAAAUAAACUCAUUGAAUGUUUGGAACAACUGCGUGCCAGCGACAGUUCCCAAACGUCUGGAAGCAUGUCACCAUUAACCAAGAAACCAAGGUGUGAGGAAGAAAGUGGAACCAUGGGAAAGACACUGAUUAGCAACUCCAACAUGGUGGAUGACGAUAGAGAGAUGAGAUGUAGUCGUGUCGAACACGUGACUCGAGAGGAGGACUCAUCUUUGGCUUCAGGGAAAGAAGAAGAAGAAGAUGACGAAAAGAACGAGGCAGUGUACCACGACUGCUCAGAGUGUCACUCGGACUUGUCUCAAAACCAUUCGCGAAGUGGCAGCUGUGAAGAGAAAAACCAGGAUGAGCAGGUCCAAGAUGAAGAGGUGGUACAAACCACUGAGAAGAUAGAGUGGGACAAUUGUAUCGCCAGUCGCCCUUCAUCCCAGUCCUCUCCUGCACGUUCUUCUUUAACCAGAAAGGCUGAAGAUCAAAGUCUAAACCAGAAAUCGCAAGAUUAUUCGUGCUGUAUCCUCCACUUGCCGUUUGAGAAGGUGCUGUCUUCUGGUGUUUACGGAGCCAGCAUUACUCCUCCCUCACUUGGGUCUCCGUUAAGUUAUACUUACCAUCCUCCUCAGCUGGCUCAUGAGCGUGUCAGCGUCUUAAGUCCGUCCCUGGACGAGCUCUCGUCGCACGAUGAGCUUCUCUCCACCGAUUUAGACGACAUUGACCUGUUUCCAACACGAAUCUACGCAGGCGGGAAGCUCGCCGAGGUCACGUCCAGGAGAUGCCACAGUGCCGAUCUGUGCUUGCUCUAUCCGAAGAGACUGACGUGCGCUACAUGCGGAUCGCACACCUUCAAGGAGCUGAGCAGGAACAAAGCGCACCGUUACGAAGAUGCGGAAGACUCGGACGGGGUCGAGGGCGAAUGUCGCCUCCGAAGUGCAGCAGGGAAGGCUCACACGACCAGGAAAACACACUCGCUGGUAAAACACAAAGUCAGGGCCGCGCAUCACCGAGAGAAGGCGGAAAGUCAGCACGAAUCGUCACGUUCUGAGCAUUUAUGCUGCGAGGCAUGCAUGUGCUCAACAGAGAAGAGCGCCAGAGCAGCUAACGCCCACCCAGAGCGACGGUGCAAGCCGACGUCAGAUCGUGUUGGAGUGAACACCAGAGCAAAAGCAUACAGAGCUCAACCCUUACCACAAAGACCACGUAAAUCUGACGAAAGACAGGGACAGAGAAAAGCUCGCUUUAAGCCAGAGGUGUGUAUGGGCUCCAGAAAUGAGGAAGAUGAUGAUGAUGAUGAGGAUGAAGAGGACGAACAGGAAGUGCUUCAGUACCACAGGCCAAAAGGCAGGUGUGAUUUUCACAAUGACCCACUAAAAGAGGAGGAGCACGAUGCUAAAUGUCGCUAAAGUUCACGUCAUCUUCCAGAGAGACUGUAAACGCACGCGUUGUUUUUGUGUUCGGCUUUGAAGAAAGCGAGUUUUGGGUUGCACAGUCGCCAUGGUUACAGUUCACCGCAUUUAACCUACCUGCACCUUCUGCACCCACGUUCAUAUCAAACCCUGUUCUUCUUUUUGCCGCUUUAUUUCGCCACUGUCCCUGCAGGUGGAGUGCUUCAAAAUGAACAUCACAACUGUUGUUGUUGUUGUUGUUGUUGUUAUUAUUAUUCUUAUUAUUAAUAAUAAUAAUAA